AUGCCUGUCGACUACAGUAAAUGGGACGCGCUGGAGCUCAGCGACGACUCGGACAUCGAAGUCCAUCCCAACGUCGAUAAGCGAUCCUUCAUCCGAGCAAAGCAGAACCAGAUCCACCAGGAACGACUUCAGCGCAAGCACCAAAUCGAGACGCUCAAGUACGAGCGUAUCAUCAACGAUGGCCUGAUCAGGCGCAUAUCCAACCUGCUCGACGCCCUCAAGUCCCAUGCCUCCGAGGCUGAGACCCGCAACCCGGGCGAGGUCGCCUUCCGGGCCGUCAUGGAGUCGGCCGGAAAGCCCGAAGACGACCAGCCGCCCCCGCGCCCCGAGGGUAUCCACGCCGACUCGGAGCCGUUGCCCACCUUCUCCAAGAUGAUGGCUGUCCUGCUGGACCAGGUGAACAAGGAGCUCGACGAGAAGAAGCCCGAGAACCGGUACCAGGCCAUGCUCGAGGGCGUCGAGGGGCACCUGACCAAGGUCCAGAACCUGCAGAAGGAGCUGUUCGCCAAGCUGGCCGAGCUGGAGAAGGAGGAGGGCCGCAAGAUCACGAGCGAGAGCAUCCACACGGGCUUUGACAGCUCGCACGUCAACAAGUCCCAGGAUACGGGGAAGAAGGAGGAGCGCAAGCCGGAGCUCCUCAACCCCAACUUCGACAUGACGCAGUCUAUCCCGGCCAAGUCAACGGCGUCGCACAACGACGACGAGGAGAUCGAGGCGUCCCCGGCGGCCAAGGCGUUUGCCCAGAUCAAGGCCGACGACUACACGUCUAGCCUAUCAUACCUGUCCAAGAACCCCCAGAUCCUGACGGAGCGGGAGACGGACGGCCUCCUCGUCCUCGCGUUCGACGCCGCCCUCGAGGGCAAGGACGACUACUGCCGGCAGUGCGUGCACCAGGCGCUGCUGCUGCAAUACUGCCGCGCGCUGGGCAAGGACGGGGUCGGCAUGUUCUUCAAGCGCAUCACGACGCGGGGUCACCAGGCGCAGGAGGUCUUCUACAAAGACGUCCAGGACACGUACGGCAAGAUCAGGAACCGGGCGCGGGAGAUUGUCAAGGAGCGCGCCAACGAGCCCGAGGGCGUCGAGCAGAUCCAGCUGCACGCGGUAGAGCCCGGCACGGAGAUCAAGAUUACGAUCCCGCCCAAGGACAGCGAGGACCCGGCGACCAAGCAGGGACGUGAGAUUUUCGAGAGUUUCAGCCCCGACUUCCAAAGGGCUUUGGAGAGCGGUAGUUUGGACAAGGUCAACGAGGUGCUUGGCAAGAUGAAGGUCGACGAGGCCGAGGACAUUGUCGGCAAGCUAGGUGACGCCGGCAUCCUGAGUCUGGAGGAGCAGAUCAUCGACGCCACGACGGAGGAGGGUCAGAAGGCGCUCAAGGACAUGGAGGCGGCCCAGGCCGGAUCGGAGUCUGGCUUCGCGGCGGACCCCGAAUAA